AUGACCAUGCUCAAGAGUGUUCUAUCUCCUGUUCCAUCGCACGCGAUGUCCUGUUUCCAACUACCAGUUUCUUUGUGCAAAAGAAUUCAGUCAACGCUCACCCGGUUCUGGUGGGAUGAUAGCAUGGGGCGCAAGAAGAUGUCAUGGAUCGCCUGGAAUAAGCUCAUUCGUCCCAAGGAUCAGGGUGGUCUCGACUUCAGAGAUAUACAGAGCUUCAAUGAGGCAUACUUGGCCAAACUAGCAUGGUGGAUAAUCAACAACCCCGACAAGCUCAUAGGACGCAUCCUGCUCGGAAAAUACUGUCCCAACGAACCUUUCCUCGCUGUUGAUUUUAAAAGAGACAUCUCUCAUGGAUGGAGAGGGGUCUUGAUAGGCCGAGAUAUUGUAAUGAGCAAUGCGAGUUGGGAAGUAGGCAAUGGUGAAAGUAUGAACAUAUGGACAAAACCGUGA